CAACGUCGUACAGAAAGCUCAAGGUCGACAGUGCAAACUUUAGCGCGACAUGCCGCAAUUUGCGCAGGCGAUUUGAUCAAGAUGAGGCGGUUCCCACCGAACCGAAGCGAUCACCGGAUCGUCAAUCGCUUCAAGAGUCUUGGCAAGACGGGGUCAUUGUUGACGAGCCAGACGCCAGAUUGAACCUUUCAAGAUUCCGCAAAGAAGAACCGGAAUUCUGCUUCUUCAUGCGUCACAGAGUCAGCGGCAGAGAUGAUCUCCAACUUUUUGAAAAGUGUAGCCAUUUUGACAUGACGAAGUUGAAGUGGUCUCCGCUAUCUUUGGCAGCUUUUCGCGCUUUAUUACUGCGCAGCCAUGGGCUCCGCUGUGGGGGUACAACGCAUUGAGACGCUUCGUCGUACCUCGCAUGCAGCGUUUGAACACGGCCGAGCCGCCGCUGUAAUAGCACACGUCGGGCUCGUUCGUGUCAUUCGCGUCGCUGAGAGAUGGUACGCCGUAGUCGACCAGCGCGUGAUCUCGCGUGUAAAUCGAGUGGUGGAGGAGCAAGUUGUGCGACGCAUUAAUCUGCUAGCCGACCACAUCGAAGUGGCGUCAAAGCUGUGGUUUGUCAAGAGCAUUUCCACCACAUCCAUCGCCGAGGCAUUCGACAUUGACACGAAAGAGUGCGUGGAUGAUAUUGGAGGAAUUCUUUAAUAGGAAGCGCAAACGCACUGACUCGUAUUCGCUCAGUGUUCGCAAGGUGCAAGUGAGCAAACGGGAUUACGAAGUGUACAACUGCGGGCCGGAGCUUCUGGACGUGCCAUCUUGGAACAAAGUAGCUCACGUGCUCGAGCUGCAGAGCCCCGAGGUGACUGAUUUCCUGCUGAACAAAUGGCGAUGGACAGUGUGGCAGCCACCAACGUCGUGGCGCGUCAAGGUGGAUCAAGUAUUCAACGUCACUCUCCACAUUGGUAUUCGUCGCGAGGGUUUUCUAACAGGCGAAAUCCGUGUCGUACGUCUGCGGCUCGGUCGGAAAUGGGUUGGCGCUCACCAUUUGAGCGAGGACAUGGCUCACCCGAUGAAAAGUCAGUGGCUGCAUCGUGUAGACUACGAAAUAGGAGAUCAAGUACAUACAGCCGAAAGUGAAUUUUUCAAGACUGUGAAAGCUGCGUGGGAAGAUUACAUCACCGAGCUGGCCAAACUGCCUCAGGAGGUUAAAGACGACGAUAACUCUGCGGAACAAUUCCCGUACGACGAGCAGGAGAAGCGGACGUCGCUACGGAUAAAGCAUCUAUUGGAUACAUCACUGGAGAAUAUUCUGAAUGACCGCCGGACGAUGUUCAGGAUGCCACAUCAAUACGAACUAUGGCGAAUGGAGCAAGAAGACGCGCCCGAACACCGUAAAGAUGGCGCAGAUGACCACAUGGUCGGACCUAUUUUCCAAGGUCCUAUUGAAGAGCUCAUAGAGCUGUAUGAAGAGAAGGAUAUGGCUGUCGAAGAUGUCGAUGUGCAAUGGUCAUAGGAAAUAAUAGGAGUUCAUUUCGUCUGCAUUAUUGUCGUUUACCGGCUCGACCCUUUGGGAAUUUAUCCAGUAGCAACACAAUCUGCUU